UGCUUAUACUGGCAUUUAAACUGGCAUCAUCAUUUGGGCGCUGAGGCAUGCCCACUCAGAUAAACAAACCCAAACACCAUGUUUGGCCCGCCUUCACGGACACUUUGAAGCUAUUUUUCUCUCCUCAACUCUCCGUGAAGAUCUCCGUUUCCCCCCCCAUCAGCCGCGCCGCGUCAUCCGUGCACAUCAGCGGACUUUAUUUUAAGCUGCCAACGAGAAAAGCCUCAGUGUUCUCUCCACCAACCGCGGGGAGGCGGAUUGUUGGGACACCUGUGGCUGGAUCUGGGUCUGGACUUCCCGACCAAGAGGCAGGUCGGACUGCCUCGCAUCAACUCGGCAUCCGGCCGGCAGGAGAGGCGCUCCGUCGACCGUCUGAUCUCGAGCAGGGAGGCGCAAAGGUAGCCCAAAGCCAUUUACGCAGGCAUUAAUAUCUAAGCCGCUCGGCGUGCCCGCUGGCAGACAGGAAGGAGCAUGGCUAGAGAGGAAUUUGCUGUGACUAGUGCACUGAGGGGAUUUGUGGAGCCCAGCUCUGUGCUCCUGUUGGAACUAAACUAAGGACCGCGGAUGAAGCGCCGUCACUGACGGAUCGCCAUUUCUGUCAAGCUUCUUUUGUUCAUUAUUUCAUUUUUUUGUGAUAAGGGGGGUGGGCCUGGGAGGGGGGCGGGGAAUAAUUAAUCAGCCAUGGGAAAGGAUGAGUGCAAAACAAUGCUGGACGCUUUGAACAAAGUGACCGCUUGCUACAGGCAUUUGGUCAUCGCUUUGGGAAGCACGUCGGACUCGCAGAACCUGCGAGAGGAACUGAAGAGGACCCGCAAAAAGGCCCAGGAGCUGGCCGUGGCCAACAGGACUAAACUGACCUCUCUACUCAAAGACAAAACCAUCAGCAAGGACGACCGAGCCGAGUACGAGCGGCUAUGGGUGCUGUUCUCGAGCAGCAUGGAGCUCCUAGAGGUGGACAUGAAAAGGUCCCUGGAGAUAGGGCAGGAUUUCCCCAUCAAGGUACCCACGAGGCACCUGAUCCAGACGGGGAUGACCGGCAGCACCACCACCGUGGCGGCCCGGGCCAUGAGCGUGCAGAACAUGAAGUACGAGGCGGACAGCAACAUCGACACGGCGGACCUCCGGGACCUGCAGUCCGAGAUCACCCAGAUGGGCCAGAUGAUGGAGGAGAUGGAGAUGAAGGUGCAGGUGGCGCCGUGGGCCGUCGAGGCCAAACAGGAGGCAGGCGCCGAGCUCAAGUCCAGCAUGAGUGUGGGAAACUCCUCCGUGGGUGUCAUCUCCAUCUGCGAAGAGGAGCCCAAGGAGGAGGACGGGGGAGGCAGCCGGGAUGCUGGCUUCGCGUCGAUUUGUGCCGUGCUCGUGUUCGUUGUCAUCGUUACGGUCGCUCUGGUUCUUGGAUAUUUGGUCAUCAAUAUGUCCUGAGCCGUCUUGCCAACAGACCACCCCGGAUGGACACAUCGGCGCGUGAGCCCACGAGCGCGUCACCGCGGUAGUAAGAGCCAGCAGCUCCACGAGAGAGAAAGCUGUUUUUUUAUUUGAGGGGCUAACAGAAUAAAUAAUCUAUUUAUAGAAAUGGACACGCGAAGUAAAUGAUUUUUCACGCAUUUGUGGAUGUAUUCGCUGGAGUUGAACUAGUUAUGACGUAGAACAAUAGAAUGGACGUCGUGGGCACAAUUAGGAGGAUAAGUAUUUUGAGGGUUGGUGUAUUUUUGGAAGAGGAAAAAAAAAUCCAUGAAAUUACGUGACAGUGUCUGGCCAUCAGCAUGAUGCAAACAACACGUAAUCCAAGUGGAUUAGUGGAAAAGCUCAAGCAUCAAUGUAGCCUACUGAUUAGUAUUCCUCUUGAUAUUUGGCUACAUUGAUGCUUUACAUUUAAGAAUUCAAAAAGACUGUCAGACAUAUAGCAGGGGACCAUGGAGUCAGAGAAGUAGGGUCAUGUUAUAUGGGAAAGCAGAGCCACUGAUCCAGUUGGAUGUGAUCAAAUCCGCAUUGUUCCACCCUCCUGUUAGCACAAGUUUAACACAUUAUAAAAUAUUUAUAGACAGAUUGUCCUAAUCCUAUUUACUUCAUAACAUCAAAUUACAAUGUGCUUCAUGGAGGAGCCUUGGGGAUCUAAGACAAGUCCACUGUAUUUUAAUAAUGCACUGCAAGCAUGUUUCUUUUCAGGGGAUUUCUGCAAACAGUGUUGAAUGUAUACAUUAAAGCAUAGUAUAGAGAAUAGAGGGUUUGUUUAAACAGACUGCUGUCUCAGAUAAUGUACAGUAUAUUUAUUAUAAUAAAAUGUUGAAACAGACAAAAUGUUCUCGCAUUUUAAAG